AUGGAUUUCUCGCUUGAGGACUCACAGAACGCUGCUCCAGGAUACCCUACCAUGGCUGAGCAACAGAAACUCAGUGUCUUGCCCAGGAAAGCAGACACCCAGAGUGUCACCAAGCGACUUCAAUCCGAACUUAUGAGCCUCAUGAUGUCUCCCACGCCGGGCAUCUCUGCCUUCCCUGACACCGACGGCAACAUGUUGCACUGGACCGCCACCCUGGUCGGGCCCAGAGAUACAGCCUAUGCAGACCUCACCUUUAAACUCAGCUUCGAAUUUCCCAACAACUAUCCGUACCGUGCCCCCACCGUCAUCUUCAAGACACCGGUCUACCAUCCCAACAUUGACUUCAGCGGAAGGAUAUGCCUCGACAUUUUAAAGGACAAGUGGAGUGCUGUUUACAAUGUCCAAACCGUGCUGUUAAGUCUACAGAGUUUACUGGGAGAGCCCAACAAUUCCAGUCCGCUGAACAGCGAAGCCGCCCAACUUCACCAGAGUGACCCUGAGGAAUUCCAGCGAAAGGUCUUGGCUCGUCACCAGGAUCUUGAUGACUAG